AUGUUGGUGGUGUGUUACGAAGCUAUUUCUCUCCAGAUGACACCACCGGUGGAGGAUACACCGCCAGGGACACCACCGGUUGAGAACACACAGCCAGGGACACCACCGGUUGAGAACACACAGCCAGGGACACCACCGGUGGAGGACACACCGCCAGGGACACCACCGGUGGAGGACACACAGCCAGGGACACCACCGGUGGAGGACACACCGCCAAGGACACCACCGGUGGAGGACACACCACCAGGGACACUACCGGUGGAGGACACACAGCCAGGGACACCACCGGUGGAGGACACACAGCCUGGGACACCACCGGUGGAGGACACACAGCCAGGGACACCACCGGUGGAGGACACACAGCCUGGGACACCGUCGGUGGAGGACACACCGCCAGGGACACCACCGGUGGAGGACACACCGCCAGGGACACCGCCAGUGGAGGACACACAGCCAGGGACACCGCCAGUGGAGGACACACAGCCAGGGACACAACCAGUGGAGGACACACAGCCAGGGACACCGCCAGUGGAGGACACACAGCCAGGGACACCGCCAGUGGAGGACACACAGCCAGGGACACCGCCAGUGGAGGACACAGCCAUGGACACCGCCAGUGGAGGACACACAGCCAGGGACACCGCCAGUGGAGGACACACCGCCAGGGACACCACCGGUGGAGGACACACCGCCAGGGACACCGCCAGUGGAGGACACACAGCCAGGGACACCGCCAGUGGAGGACACACCGCCAGGGACACCACCGGUGAAGGAUACACCGCCAGAGACACCAAACCAGACACCACCACCACCACCACAGCUCAACACGCUACCACACCCAACGCUCUACACUCACUCAUCACGACAACCCACCAGACUCAACCAAACAGGACUGUCGUCACAAUGUUUCACGAAUCUGGUCAGUGUAGAAUGACAACUCAAAAGCAACAUUGCCCCGAGGGGGGCAACUCGGGGUACCUGCAGCAAACUGUGAUAUACGAGAGCUUAGGUCCAGCGGGAGUGUGGAAUGAUGCAGUUUUAAUCCAGAUUAACGAGGAAUGUAAAGAUGCGUGGCAGGGCGGAAUGAGGUUGUGCAGGAACGAUUACAUUAUAUUUCCCCUAAGAAUGAAGGAACGUAUUGGCGUAACAUCUAACAGGAAAGAAUGCUAA